AUGACAGCCGUUCCCCACUCCGGAGCUCUCCAGGCUGGACGUCCUGACGGAGCCCUGCCCACUCCUGCACCCGCUGAUCCCGAAGUUCUGGAGGGAUUCAUCGACUCGCUGGAGCUUACACCUCUGCGUACCCCCCAAGAAAUAACCGCGCUAGCAAAGGAGGAUUUGUACACAGACGGACAGAGCCUGCGGCACUGGGUCAGGCUCAUGUUUGACCUCAGAAACGCGAGUCAUCUCGCCAAAGCAAAGGGCGACAUCGAGAAAGCCUUGAUCUUGAUCUGUCGGGCGGUCACGCUCGCGACCCGUGGGCUUCCUACACAUCCCAGCUUCGCAAAUAGUUCAAUAAUGGAGCCCGAGUACUCAGAGAAAUGGGAGUCGUUUAUCCAAGCGAUGAAGGACGAGAUCCCCGCGUACAAGACUGCUAUCAAUGAGCGAUGGCAGGCACGUCGGCAGGAGGUUAAAAGAAAGCAGGACGAGGCAGCCGCGGCAGCUGCUAAAGAGGAGCUGGCUCGGAAGAAACAAGAGAAGAAGGAAGAGAAGGAGAGGAAGAAGAGGCAAUCUCAGCGUCGAUAUGAGGUGUUCCGGCCUGAGACAGCGACCUUCGAUAAUCCCGAGUCGCCGUCGGGAAUCUCGCAGAUGCUCUCUGCCCCGAUCAGCCAGAUCUCGCAGCAGUUUCACAGCCUCUCCGAGUCACUCCGCCCUAGGAAAUCUACCAGAGCUGCCUAUAUCGAUAUAGAUCCGAUGGAGACUCGGUGGGGCGCGGUACAGGACCCAAACCAACCCGCAGCUCCGAUGACGACUCCCGAGGGUCGUCCUCUCAUAACCACCGACCCAUCCGUCCCGCUUAUCCCAAAGGUGCAGUCUCAACGUCGUUCGUCCAUCGCUAAGAACCCUGCAGACCUCGAAUCUCCGAAAUCGUCGCCUGCCCCUGCUCCCCCGUAUGACCCCAAAGGUACCUUAGUGGACAAAGAUCUUCCUGGUCUGCCUGCCGAAUACGGGUCGGACGACGAUAAUGUCACGCAGGCUUAUGACAGCGAGGAUGAGUGCACCGACCCGUCUGGCAGUGGCUUGGGUGAAGGAGGGUCCCGUGGAGCUCAGGCUCGCGACGGAGGCCCUGUUGAUCCCAGGCACUCAGAGAAGAAGAGAGAUAUGUCUCCCUCCCCUCCCGCCUCUCCCACUUCUCCCACAUUGCCCCGGUCGCAGGGGGGAAGUGCUGCCCCCAGCCGCCAGGGCACCGUUGAUCACCUCGCGCAGUACUUUGGGGCAUCCCCUACGGUCUCGCCUGACAAUGCGCCUCCUAGCUACGAGGAGGUCAUGAGUAUGUUUGAUAGCGAUGAAGCUUCUGGCAUUGGGAUCACUGUUUUCUCAGAGCCAUCGAGCAUUGACGGUGGGGCGUCCGUGCCAGGGACUCCGUCUCUCAGCUCCGAGAAACUCUCUGCGGAUUCGAAGUCAUUGCUGGAGGGCCUGCAAAGUCGCAAUGCGAGCUUCUACACCGCGCGCUCGGUCAUCUCUGACGAACCUGAAGAGCAACCGAGUCCGCCUUCACGAUCUAGCCUGAGCUCCAUCGCAAGCGGGACCAACGAAGUGGAAGAAGCCCAGCGUCGCAUGGAAGAGUCACUGGAGGACGCACUUGGGAAUCUCGAGUUACUUCUUCAGAGGUCAAUGGAACCGACUACGCAGGCUAUGGAAGCACUAGGAAGGAUCAACAAGCUGGUCGAGGAGCAUCGACUGCAAAGCUUCACUUAG